UUUUUUUUAACAAAACGGCUUUUUCCAGCUCCGGCAGACAAACGAAUGGGUUUGUUAUCGAUGUCGCGAUGUGAUAAAAAUUAGAUUUUUCAAACGGUGAGGUAAAUGAAGGUUGUGAUUUGCGUGGUGGUGGUUGGAUUGGGGGGAGGGGCACGGAGAGACUGCGUGAGGAAGAUGGCGGCGGUUGCCGUGGAGUGUACAGCUGCGGGAUAAAGUGUCGCUCCGGAGAUCGCUUUGUGUUCAGUAAAUUCCUUCCACUCUGCGUCUUCUCCGUCUCUCCCUUUCCCUCUGCGUUGAGCUACUGAAGACACUUUUACCUUGCGGUCUUAUCCUGGGCUUUUGAAUACUGAGGCCAGCCUGCGGCUUGCCUUCCCUGCCCCAGUUUCUCCUUUGGCUUCUGGGCUUGAGAUCCUCCACCUGCCCUAUCGGCCCCGGCCGUGUCUCCGGAUGGACGCGCACGGCAGCAACGUGCCCGCCUUUCUCACCAAAUUGUGGACUUUAAUCGAGGAUCCCGAUACCAACGACCUGAUCUGCUGGAGUGUGAGUGGGAACAGUUUCCAUGUCUUUGACCAAGGACGUUUUGCGAAAGAGGUGCUUCCAAAAUACUUCAAACACAAUAACAUGGCUAGCUUCGUCCGGCAGCUCAACAUGUAUGGCUUUCGUAAAGUUGUGAACAUUGAGCAAGGUGGGCUUGUGAAACCAGACAAGGACGAUACAGAGUUUCAGCAUGUAUACUUCAUCCGUGGUCAGGAACAUUUACUAGAAAAUAUCAAGAGAAAGGUAACCAGUAUCUCGACUGUAAAGCCAGAGGAGAUAAAAGUCAGGUCUGAUGACGUCAGUAAAAUUUUAAAUGAUGUUCACAUCAUGAAAGGGAAGCAAGAAAACCUGGACUCCAAAUUGCUCACCAUGAAACAUGAAAAUGAAGCAUUAUGGCGUGAAGUGGCGAGCUUGCGACAAAAGCACUCACAACAGCAGAAAGUUGUAAAUAAGCUGAUUCAGUUCCUGAUUUCACUUGUACAAUCCAAUAGAGUCAUUGGAAUGAAGAGGAAAAUACCCCUCAUGUUAAAUGACAGUAGUUCAGCGCAUUCCAUGCCAAAAUACAGUCGUCCAUACUCUUUAGAACCGCUGCAAGAAUCAUCAGCACUGACGACUACCACAAAUUUUCCAGGAAAUAACUGCUAUUCAUCUGACAACUCUACGUCCUCUGGCCCUAUAAUUUCAGAUAUCACCGAUCUGGCACAGUGCAGCCCUUCGCUGUCCCCAUCACUUAACGUGGAAAGAACCAGUCCAAUGCUUCAUAUUAAAGAAGAGCCUCCAAGUCCUACAACUAACCCAGAGGUUGAGGAGGUUAGUCCUGUUGUCACUGGCACUGAGGAACCCCUCUCACCAUCAACGUUUAUUGAUUCUAUUCUGGAGGACAAUGACACAAAUGCAACACAACCACCGCCCGAGGACCGGUGCCUCAGCGUGGCCUGUCUUGACAAUUUGAUUCAAGCCCAGCAGAUGUCAGAGGUCAAUUGUGUUAUCUCCAGUCUUUCCUCCUCUACUCACCCCAGAGCACUGAUAGGAAAUGAUUUCUCCAAUCACUUGGAUAGAAUUGAUUCGAGUUUGGAUAACCUACAAAACCUACUAUCAGGACAGACUUUCAAUAUGGAAUCCAGCACGCUUUUAGAUCUGUUUAACCCCUCGCUGUCUGCCAUUGACCUGAAUUUGCCAGAUGUGGAGGGGAACCUAGAAGAAAUGCAAGUUAUGAUGGGCUCUCAGGAUCAGAAAGGUUCGGGGACAGAUACAAGCACUUUGGAUGCAGGAAAGCAAGUUGUCCAGUACAAUGCCCCACCUCUACUAAUGGUAGACACCAACACCAGUGAUAUAGGGGACCUCCCGGUUUUAUUUGAGCUUGGAGAUUCUCCGUACUUUCAGCCUGAAGACAACUUAAACCUGGAUCCCACGGAUGAUGACCCACUGUCCCUCCUAUCAAGCAGCAACCUGUCACACACAAAGGAUCCACCUGUCUCCUAACUCCAGGAGAGCCUUCCCCCUACUUUCCUCCACCCAACCAUGCUCCAAACGCUGGACUGUUUGUUCAGGGGACGGCUUUCUGCUGCAGGAGAGAACACAGGAUGAGAGAGUGAAACUGUAUCUUUAAAUAUUUUAUUUUAACCAGUUUGCAUUUCUAGCCUGAUAAACUCUUAUUGCAAGUAGAGAACAGCCUGGGUUCAAUCACAGGGAAGUGUAUCAUAGGGAUCCUUCUCCUGUUAAGUCCCAACAUCAUUGAUUAAGGACAAGAUCAUUGAUUGCAGACAGCAAUUUUCUUUAAUCUUGAUUCUCCCUUUUAAAGCGACAAAGAGCAGUUAGACUCUAUUGCCCUAAUAACAAGUUCUGUUGGAGGAAGAUUUAGAAACCACUAUCACUUUUCUCUGAGUAAAGAGAUAUCGUUAUAUUAUGUUAAUUUCUGUUUUGUGUUGUCCCUACUCUCCACCCUUCCCUGCCCCUCCCCUGCCUUCCCUCCAAUGUCCUUGUUUUUGUAUAUUUACACUUUAAUCCAGUUGCUGAUAAGUGAAGAUGUAUUUUUGAUUCGUAUUAAAAAAAAAGGUUUUUUAAAAAAA